AUGGACGACGGCGGCCCCCUCUCUCCAAAGGCCAAUGCGUUCAGUAUUGCCUCUCUGAUCUCAGCUGCGGAACUAGCAGGAAACGCGGCGUUUGAUAAACACAGCAGCGGUGGCCUGGACAAGGCAGACCUGCACAACAGCACGUCUUUUAAAAUGCACUACAGCACUGUCACCCGGGAAAUGGAAGCCAUAUCCAGUCCGUGGCUGACGCAGCUGUCCCAUUUUUGCGAUGUUGCAGCCUUCACGACGAGCAGCCUGAGCAGCCUCAACACGGCGGGAGGCUACCACCUCUCCCCGUCCCCCGGGGACCCGUACGGCCAGCACGAGUCCCACUUUGAGCCGUGUCCCGCAGCGCAGCACGGCUACAGCUACCCCGGCUCCAACACGGGCCAGGGCCCGCAGAGCGAGGCGGGCACUCCCAACUGCUCCUCGUCCUCGUCCAGCUCCACUCCAAACAGCAAAAACAGUGUGAAGAAAAACCCUAAAGUGGCGAACAUAAACGUGCAGUUGGAGAUGAAAGCGUUAUGGGACGAGUUUAACCAACUGGGCACGGAGAUGAUCGUCACGAAGGCGGGGAGGAGGAUGUUUCCAACUUUUCAAGUUAAAAUAUUUGGGAUGGAUCCAAUGGCAGAUUACAUGCUUCUUAUGGACUUUUUACCGGUGGACGACAAACGUUACAGAUACGCGUUCCACAGCUCGUCGUGGCUUGUAGCGGGAAAGGCGGACCCCGCGACCCCGGGUAGGGUGCACUACCACCCGGACUCCCCCGCCAAGGGCGCGCAGUGGAUGAAGCAGAUCGUGUCGUUUGAUAAACUCAAACUCACCAAUAACUUGCUGGACGACAACGGCCAUAUCAUCCUGAACUCGAUGCACCGCUACCAGCCCCGGUUCCAUGUGGUCUACGUGGACCCGCGCAAAGACAGCGAGAAGUACGCGGAGGAAAACUACAAGACGUUUGUGUUCGAGGAGACGCGCUUCACGGCGGUCACGGCCUAUCAGAACCACCGGAUCACACAACUAAAAAUAGCCAGUAAUCCUUUUGCCAAAGGAUUCCGGGACUGUGACCCAGAGGACUGGCCCAGGAAUCACCGGCCCGGUUCACUGCCAAUAAUGAGCGCCUUCGCCAGAACGAGAAACCCCAUGUCCUCUCCCCCACAGCAGAACGGAGUCGACAAAGAAGACAGCAGGCGAGAGUACGAGCGAGACCCCAGUGGCACCCCUCACCACGGCGACCCAGCUCACCAGCUCAUGUCCCGCGUCCUCAGCCCGGCCCUACCCGUCCCCGGAGGCCUCCACGCGGUCUCCCUCACCACGGGUCGUCCCAGUCCUCCACACGACCACCCCGGCACCACUCUCCCCCCAGACACCCUCCACCACCACCCUUACAAAUACCCCACGUCGUACGAACACUACUUGGGUGCAAAGACCAGGCCGAGCCCCUACCCCUUACCCAGUAUCCGACACACAACCUACCACCAUCACAUGAACCCUGCGGCAAACAUGUACUCAGCCACGAGCUGCCCGGCUAACUACGACUAUGGGCCCAGAUAA